AUGGCUAGCAACAAUAACGAAGCCCUUCAAUCUGUGCAACUUGACGGCUUGGUCGUUUUAAAGAUCAUCAAGCACUGUCGCGAGUCAUACCCUAAUGAUGUUACAGGUCAACUUUUAGGUUUAGACGACAAGGGAUUAUUGGAAGUGACCAACUGUUUCCCCUUCCCUUCUGAUGGUGAUGAGGAUGCCAGUGCUCAAUAUCAACUCGAUAUGAUGAGAUGUCUUCGUGCUGUCAAUGUCGAUAACAACACUGUUGGUUGGUACCGCUCUGGCCAUUUGGGCAACUUUGUUGAUCUCACUUUGAUCGAGACACAAUACAGUUACCAAAACUCACUCAGCGCUCAAUCUGUUGUUCUCAUUCACGACGUGUCCAAGAGCUCUGCUCAAGGUAACCUGAACUUGAGAGCUUUCAGAUUGACAGAGACCUUUAUGAAGGCUUAUGAAGCCAAGAAAUUCACAACUGAGAGCCUUGCUCAAGCCAAGUUAUCUUUCUCUAACAUUUUCGAAGAAUUGCCUGUUGAAAUCCACAACUCUCACUACGUUACCAUGAUGCUCCACAACAUUGAGAUGCCCAAGUUGGAAGCUGAUCGUCUUCGCUCACUCUCCACCUUUGCUUCCACUCAAAAGACUCAAACUGAAUUAGAAGAAGCUAGACCUUUGGCACCCAAUUUCGACGUCCUUGAUUUAGAAUUAGACCCCUUCAUGCAAAAGAACUUGCAAUACUUGUUGGACUGUGCUGAUGUUCAACAGCAAGAACAAAACAACUACCAAUACUGGCAAAGAUCUGUUGCUCGUGAGCAAGCCAAAAUGCAAGCCUGGUUGACCAAGAGAAAGCAAGAGAAUGCUCAACGCAUUGAAAAGGGACAAAAGCCUUUGCCCGAGGAUGAAGUCAACACAUUGUUCAAACUUCCAGCUGAGCCCAGUCGUUUAGAUUCCAUGAUUUUGAGUGCUCAAAUGCAUAACUUUACCAAGCAAAUCAACCAAUUCGCUGGUCCCAGUCUUGCUAGAUUGUAUAGUAUUCAAGAAUUACAAAAGUAA